AUUAUUAAUCAUUAAAUACUCUUUUUAUUAUUUGUAUGCUUCAAAGCAGGAUUAUUUAGAGCUAUGAACCUCCAAACUUUAUUUAAAGAUUUUAAUCCUAGCAAGUUUAUUGUGCAUACAUCGUUGAUGUUGUUCACUGCACUUUUUGCUUUGAGGCAAGAUGGAAUUAUUGACUGGUCAUAUUGGACUGUGUUUUCUCCAAUUUGGUUUUGGAAACUAAUGGUAAUUCUUGGUGCUACAGUUGGUAGUUAUGUUUGGUGGCGAUAUCCUCAUUUCAGGCUUGAAGGUGAAGCAUAUGUACAUUAUAAGGCCAUGCUAAUUAGUUUAGCACUUCAUUUAAUUUUGCUCAUGUUUGAAUUAUUGGUGUGUGAUAAGCUUCAAUCUGGAAGACACUUGUGGAUUUUGGUUUUCAUCCCAUUAAUUUUUAUAUCUAUUGUUUCUAUUGCAGUUUGCAUUUGGGCUGUUAAACAUGAUCGGUCAUUUGAGCUGGAGUUAUUUUGCGCUGUCAACAUGCUUCAGUUCAUAUUCCUUGCUCUACGACUUGAUGGUUUUACUUCAUGGAGCUGGGAGGUAGUGUUUGUUCCACUGUGGAUUGUGAUGUGUUUGUCUUUAGUUGGAGUUUUAUAUACAAUUAUAUUUGCUGGAAUACUUCUAAGAACUCCUCAAGUAAAUGCAAGGCAAAGGAGGACUUCUUUUAACUCUGCCUUAGCCUAUACUUUCUUGGUGAUACCUAUUUUAAUUUUUCAGGUUUUACUUACCAACAAGUUGGAUGGUGACAUUGCUAUGUCUUACAUUGGAGUAGCUUCACCUCUGUUUAUAUCCUUUUUAACUCUUAUCUUGAUGUCAUUUAGUGCUAAAGGAGGAAAUAAAUGGUGGUUUGGAAUCAGAAAAGACUUUUGCCAUUUUCUGCUUAGUAUGUUUCCCUUUCUUCAGGAAUAUGCUAAUAUUGCAUAUAGUAGUAAUACGCAAAACAAUGGUGAACAAAGUAAUAGGGUAAGACAUGAAAAAUCUAAGAAACAGGUUGAUGCUACAAAACCAGUGGUACCAAUAAUUUCCAUUGAUACUCCUGAUUAAUCAAUUAAUUAAAUUAUUAAUUGAAAGAAAUAAACAAGAUGUACUACAAAGUUGUUUAUUUUUGUAUAUUUAAUGAUUAAAGUAUCUUUUUGUGAUGCAAGAUUUAUUGGAUAGUUAUUUAUGUGGUAUGUAUAAAUUGUUUAUAUACUUUUAUGUUUAAUUAUUCCUUCAUUUUUUUUUUUUUUACAAUUUUCUGUACUAUUGUACUCCAUUUUAACAUGAGUAAUAUGAUAAGAUAUACUAUAUGAUUGUGAAUAUAAGAUGUAUGUAUGUAU